AUGCGGCAAGCAGCAUCAUGGGUUGGCACGCCCUCCAUAAAGGGCCGGACUGAAGCCACGCGAAUGGCGCUGUUGACUUUCAGUCUCGUUGGACUCCAAUUUACUUGGGGCGUUGAAAUGACAUAUUGUACGCCGUAUCUUCUCCAACUCGGCCUGACGAAAUCAAAAACCUCACUAGUAUGGAUCGCUGGCCCGUUGUCGGGAUUGAUAAUACAGCCUCUGGUCGGGAUAAUCACGGACCGAUCUACGUCAAAAUGGGGCCGUCGGCGUCCGUUCAUGAUAGUUGGCUCGUUCGUUGUUGGGCUAUGUUUGUUGGUUUUGGGCUGGGCAUCGGAACUCGUGGCUAUAUUCAUCUCUGACGAGGAUACGAGGAAAAGCGUUGCGAUUGCAGUCGCGGUAUUCAGCAUAUAUGCUGUCGAUUUUGCGAUUAAUAUCGUUCAAGCAUCUUGUCGUAGCUUGAUAGUUGACACCCUACCAAUUCCUCAGCAGCAGCUUGGGUCAGCAUGGGCAAGCCGGAUGGCCGCUAUUGGCCACCUUAUAGGCUAUGGAAUCGGUUCAGUCGAUAUGCUGAGCAUAUUCGGUCAUGCCUUGGGCAACACACAGUUUAAGCAGAUGACUGUAAUUUCUGCCGUUUCUUUAAUUUUCUCCGUCUCUGUUACAUCAUAUACGGUGAAAGAGAGGGUGUUGAUUUCACUCAGGUAUUUGAAAUACCUUUUUAUCCCACGAGAUUCGGAUAAGAAGACAAGCGCACUCAAAAUACUCGCCCAAUUGUUCAGAACGACGGUCAGCCUGCCACCACGGAUACGGGCUAUUUGCUGGGCCCAAUUCUGGGCGUGGGUCGGUUGGUUUCCGUUUCUCUUCUACAGCAGCACAUGGGUAGGCGAGACUUAUUUCCGCUACGAGGCACCCAAAGAAGCUGCCGAGAAAUCGCCAGAUACGUUAGGAGACGUUGGUCGCCUUGGAAGCAUGUCUCUUGUGAUAUUUUCCUUGGUCACAUUCAUCAGUUCCGUUAUUCUCCCCUUUGGUGUCGUCUCACCGGAUACCAAACAACCCUCCAUCCGCCGUUCUCCUUUGGGCCUGAUAAGGUUUCUUAACAAAUUCCAUUUCACUCGACCCGACCUGCAAACCGCAUGGAUGCUUUCACACAUUAUGUUUGCUUUAACAAUGCUAUUCGCCCCCGCAGCCCGUUCCGUGCGGUCCGCCACACUGCUUGUAGCAACUUGUGGAAUCCCCUGGGCAGUCAGCUGCUGGGCUCCAUUUGCCUUUAUGGGAGUGGAAAUAAACCGUCUAGCGAUUCCAUCAUUCACAAGAAAAUCAAGCGUCACCAUGAUAACCUCCGCCACUUUUAACAGACACAACUCCGACCUAAGCAACUACGAUGUCGAGCUAGAAGACCGCGGUCCCUCUAUCCUCCGUCUAAAUCACAGCAACAGCCCAGAUUUGGAUAGUGACAGCGAAUCGGCCGAUGAAGAAGCGGUUUCUUCCACUGGUGAGUUGGCGGGUAUCUAUCUGGGUGUGCUUAAUGUAUACACCACGCUCCCUCAGUUCGUCGGCACGCUCAUUUCGUGGAUUGUAUUCAGCAUCCUCGAACCUGGCACUUCGUCGAUAACGACGGAUGGGGAUGUGAGUAACGGGGUUUCCGGAGAGCAAGAUGACGGCAAAUGGAUAAAUCGACACCGUGAAGGGCCUAAUGCGAUUGCGGUUUGUCUCUUUGUUGGCGCUAUAAGCGCGCUAAUUGCUGCGGAAGCUACGAGAAGGUUGAAGCAUGCGAGAUGAUGUGGGGGAACAUAAACUUCUUACAAUCUGAUGGUUGUCCAAUAUUUUGCUCUGGUAUCACUGUUUUUGUAAUUGCGGUUGUACAUGAUAGAUUCCUUCUUUCAAUUCAAUGGUGGCCAGCUGGUUUGGCAUCAUUC